CCCGAACUAGCCGGUUUAAUUACAAAUGUCUGAACUGAACUGAUCAAAAGUUGAUCUGGCCAAAACAUUGGUGACUUGCAGGGAUUAUUAGUGAGUUACCGUUUGAAGAUUCAAUUCUUUCGAAUAUGACGCUUCAUUGAACCGCUUUCAUGCGGCAAACUUGGGCUUAUUGGUUAUGCAUGGUAAACACGCUUAGACGUUUCUAGUUUAUUGCUUGGUAUUUGUCAGCUAUCCGGCGAGGUUUUAAUGGCUUCUUAACUCUUUGGUAAACAUUUACAAAUGGAGAAGAUGUUGUGGACUAAGGAAAUCUGAUAGUAUUGACAAGCAUGGAUCACCCAAUAAUAAGGUAAUUGAAUAUAGUUUUAUUACAUGAUAUUAGAAAUGCUUUUCAUUCAAGCGUAAUUCGUCUAUACUGAUUGCACGCAUCAGUACCAAAUAAUGCAUGACGGUUCAUCAUUUUAUAAUGUCUUAUUAUAAUAUAAUAUGGUUAUAAUAUGAUCCAGUGUUUUGGUACUGUAUUAAAUAUAGAAGGUUAGUACUAGUAGGUUACAAACUUUCCCUUCCAGCAAUGUCAGUGCAUGGCCACGGGCAAUUGGAUUUGAAGCAUGCCUUUAUUCUUUAGUUUUUUAUUUGUUGAUCAGAACACGCGGUUAUGUGUUAAAUAUGAAGUUGGCGUUGUUUGUGUUUGAACUACCUAAAGUGAAACGGCAUUCUGUUUUACUGAUACAAAAAAGGACAAUCAAUCAAUCAAUCAAUCAAUCAAUCAAUCAAUUAUAUAUUUAUUUCCCAUGUGUACAAUAAUAAGUAACAAAACUAUGUGUAGUUUGAAAAAAGGACAACAUAUAUAUAUUGCCGUAGAACGUACACUAUAUAACUUGCCCGGCUAAAUCAUGCUGGGUCCGUCUAAAUUAAAAGUUAAAUGAACCUUGUAUUGUACAUGCUCGUUCUGUUUGGGGAUAGCACUUUGUUUCGAGCAAUUAUAAAGACCUGGCAGUAGGGUUAUUUAUCGGCAUAUCGGUGCAGAGUGUCAAUUGUGUUCAGACGUGCUAAAACCCAGGUCACACUACAGCCUGGUUCACAUUGAUCGUAAACAUCGGCGAUGCCCAUUGUCGGUGGUCAUUGAUGCAUAAAAUGUUUUGUGCAUUUUCUUCUUCGUUGCUCACAGACAAUGGAUCGUAGAACAUCGCCGAUCAAUGUGAACCAGGCUUACACAACCAUAGCGAUUGUUUUCAGUCGGACGAUAUAAACGAUAAAGUUUUGACCAAUCAGGGCGCGUAUCAAGUUAUCGUCUAUAAAUGUUAACCAAUGACCUAGCUGUGUUCCAAAGUCCACUACACUGAACAGGCUACACAGACUACACAGGCUAGUUGACCACCAUCUGAACAGUACCGAUAUUCGUAUUCGUCAACAAAUUCACUUCGAUAUUAAAAGAAUCUACAAAGAAAAGACGCAGGCCGUUCGCUUGCCUUGAAAAGUCAAGGUAUUCCAACAUAAUGUAUAUUGAGAUAAUGAAAUGCACAUGUAACCAAAGUAAAUCCGGAAAUACAGGUUUUGUUCACCACAGGAAUUCUGGCUAUAUAUUAAAUUAAACAAGCAUGACGGUAAAAAUGUGUCUGUUUACAAUUACAUCGCUUUGAAUUUUCCUUUCUUACGGCUCACAAUGCCAUCCUGGUGUUGUGAAUUCUUCAGGGAUAACACCCAAUGGUUCAUAACACUACAAGGUAGGUUCUAUUUUGUGAUAUUACAUGUAUGCCAGGUUGUAUCGGGUAAUAUUUAGUGGUAAAAAAUUAUCACCACGUGCGAGAUUACAAUGGCACUGGGGCAAAAAGCUUCAUAUUAAAGCUUCAUAUUAACUUUUUUCAACUGCAUGUACAUUACAUUGUCUUUUAUGUACAAACUCUUAGACUCUUAGUCAAAAGCCCAAAGUCAAAACGUGCGUCGUGAGUAUCACCAUUUCACCAUGGGUAUCAGUCGCUUUUUUAUCGGUUCAUCAUAAACUAUAUAGCCAUUGGCCCACCGCCCACUGCAGCAACCAAAGUAAAAAAUAUGGACGGAAUAGGAAAUUCAUUUGAUUUGAACUUCGACGCUUGUCAGAUUGAAAAUAAUUUGAUCAAAGCGUCUUAAUUUAAUUUAUUAUUCACAAUGAAAUCUCAUCUGAAUAAAUUCCGUGGUUCAUGAAUUACAAUCGACUCGUCCAUAUUCAUUUGAAGGUUGCCUUUGAUCUUGCUUAGGAGUUUUUAGAUUAUAAUACCACUUUUAAUUCUUCAUUAUAGACUAAAGUAUCUAAGUCCUGCAACAGUAUAUAUAAGUAUGAUGUGAUUGUAUAAAAUUUCGUAAAUAAUAUUAUACAUCGGUCAAAGUUCGUAUAAAGAAAACGCACAUGUUUGUAUAAAGUUGUUUUUAUUUGUCACUAAUUCUACAGAAGUCUAGCUGAUUAAUACAGAAAGCUUUUAAAGCAAACACAGGAACAAUACAUGUAUGAAUAUGUGCGCAGGAUUAGGCACUCUCGAAGAUUAAACGAGUUUACCUUCUUGUUGUGUAUGCUCAACAAGUUUUCCUUGACAAGUUUGCGCGGAAAUGACGGAAUACCUCGCGUCAAGGCUUCCUUUUGGUUGCCAAAACCAUAGAAGUAUUCCUUAUACAUUUGUCAAAUGUCAAACUUUCCUUGGUGGCUGUAUAUACACACGAACAAAUGUUCCUUGUCCAAAUGCUGAAUAGCUGAUAUUGCUGGCUUCGUAAAAGGGCUCCUGGCCAAGAGAAACUGUGAUUAUGUUAUCACAAGAGGAUACUGGUGCGUAGCGAUGUUUGGCGCAGUCAAACAUAAAGCAUUUCUCACAGGCGCGCAAAUGCAUAUCGCUUGUACAUGCGCACUACGCGCAGAGCCGGCAGAGGAAUCGAAUCUGACAAUCUGGGUCGCAAAGGUGAACGCUAUUAUUGCUGAUCCCUCGUCCCGCUCUCCUCUAGAAGAGCAGGCCACAGCGGUUCUCCUUAAUCCAGAACCGCAGACAAACAAAUAUACAAACAAGUUUUUAUCACGUCUCAACAAGUAUUUGUUUGCAUAUUUUCCGCAUGCAUUUACGCACGCAAUCCAGCACGCACGCAAUAACACUAAAGAGGAAAUAAACAGAUCAUGUUUGCUAACAUUCUUUUGACUUAUUUUGAUUUUAAAUUUCCUCUUUUCAUCCAGCACUUUAAUUUUAAAUUUCCUUUUUUCAGCUGUGGUGAUGAAGUUUCCUAUUCUUGGUCUAAAUCAAUUUCUAUCUGAAAAAAAAGUUAACAGGAACUACAUAUUCUGGUAUGUAUGUUAUUUAUGUAUAAUCCUCCAUAUAUUUUUGCGUAGUUUUGUACGUCACGACCUGUAGGAAAUUUUAAAACUUUUAAGAAAGGCUCGAAACAUGUUCGACUUAAAUUACAAAACUUUCGUUGGUAGCGAUGCAACUACCUGAAAAAUACAAGGAGAAUCAGGUAGUUGCAUUUCUACCAACAAACGAAAGUUUUAUUAUUGUAGGUGGGUUUCACUCAAGACCUAUACAAUAGGGACACGCUUGGUAGUUGGUGGUAAACUUUACACAAUACAUAUUGCCGCUUUAUGCCUUGUGGAAGCAAGUAAAUUUCGUUCAAUAGUGGGGCUUCGCCGUGGCGAAGUGGUUAGCGCACUUGCCUUUCACCUCUAAGGCCGUGGGUUCAAAUCUCAGUGAGAACUUCUCGAUGUGACUCGAACCCAGUCCUCAUGUGAAAAGAGUAAAAGUCAACGCUCUACCGAAAGUCGUGGGUUUUCUCCGGGUACUCCGUGUUUCCUCCCACAGGGAAAGUUGACAGGGUGGGUUAGGCACAUAGGUCUGGAAGCAGAUCAUUAAUGAGGUAUGGACUAAUAGCGGCAGCUGCUCAAGCGCCAUUUGUAAGCUCAAAGUCUACCUCGGUCUGCUUCACGUCUGUCCGGUUCUAUCUAUCUAUUCAUAAUGUAACCAGUCACUGAAAAGCCCUGAUAGGGAGUGUGCUGUGAAAUAUCUGUAUCUGUAUGUUUGAUACCCAGGCCCGGAGCUACGAGGGGGUGUGGGGGGGGGUGUGACACCCACCCAGUAAUUGUAUUCAGUCGGUAGGACUGCUAUUCAGUCGGUAGAACUGCUAUUUGGGUUAAAUAUUUUUGGCGCAAAGGGCAAGAACGUGGUGGGAAUUUUAGGAAAAUUUUGAGGAAAAAUGUAAAAAUUUUGGAAAAAUGUAAAAAAAUGUUGAAAAUUUGUUAUGUUAUGUGAAAAUUUGUGUGUUAUGUUUUGAACCAGUCGGUUGAAUUGACCUUAUUACACCCCCCCCCCCUGAAGAAUUUCCUGAGGACGGCCCUGUUGAUACCAAACACAAGAUCAAUACUUAUAAUGAAUAUCUAACUCGAUACGAUAAAUUUGUUUCCAUUUGGGGUUGACCACCAAGCGCUAAACAUAUCACGUGACUGAAACCCAGUUAUUGGCACUACCUACACUGGCACAGACUUAAAUGAGCUUUUUCCACUCUCGGUUUAUCCACCAUUUUGGGUGGUAAUGCUUCUCCCAAGUCUGAGACUAGGCCGCGAAAUGCGACUUUCUCUAGUUGUAUCUAGUUGUAUUAGUUCUAUCUAAUGACCAUAAUAUCCAUGUAAAGACAACAGAUCGGUUGACGAGAGAAAAUGAUGGAACAGCAAAAAUUAUAUUACAAGUUCCUAGAGUAAACACUUUAACAUUUCAGAACAGUUAUUACUGCAAAUCACCCAGGACGUUUAACUGUUUACCAUCACACUUACGGCAGUCACUAAUCUCUCAAUCAGUCAAUUUAAAUGCGGACUAUUUAAAUAUUACCAAAACUUGGUAAAGACUAGGUCUACGACAUUGAUGUUCCACAAACGUUUAAAACAGUGUGUGUAAAGUGUCAUUUGUGUCGUCCCUUGUCCAGUCUUUCUGUCAAACUGUGUUGUCAUUAGUUGCUGUUAACCCAGUGGAAAUAUGACUUUGUUAGAGAGCAUGUGAAAUUAAUUAAAUUCCUUUUUUCGAUCCACAUGAUUAGAAUUGCUCAGGACCACAUUAAAUCAAACGUCUCAGUGAUUAGCGAUUUUGAAGCGAUAUAUCCACUGUGUUAACCUAUAUUUCAGUAUUGCAUUAGCAGGUUACCCGUAAAGGAGCAACUAGCUCUGUGGGUUAAACCGGUCAUGUGACAAAGAUUGUAAAAUAAAGUAAAAUAAAAUAAAUAAAUAAGUAUGUAUGAUGGUAAAUUCACAAUUGCAACUUUGUAAAGUCGCUUGUCACACUGUCACAAUUCUAUGGGUCCGGGGGCAUGUCUCCCUGGUAAAAAAUUGAAGUUUGGGUCUCCGAAAUGGCAUUUCCUCCACUGCGGAGGCAUUUGGAGAAAAAUGUAAAUGUCUUCCGCGGCGACGCAACUGAUAAUGAAAAGAAUUACACUCCCUGUGUAAACGACUUUAAAUAAAUAGUUCCAAUGACAGAAUCUUUUUCGUUUUUAAGAUUAACUCUCGCCUCAAAAUGAAGGUGACAAGAUUGACUACGAUGAAACCAUGGGUGCUAAUUUUCCUUGCGAUACGAAAUUUCCUAGAUGGAGCUGAAGAAUACUUUAUAACGCCAACCGCCUGGUACUAUAUAAAAUCUCUAGGCGGCUCCCAACAAUUUCUAGGAAUGGUUCUAUCCAUAUAUGGCGGUGCGGCUGUCGUCGCUGGUCCGAUACUGGGAAAGUUUGCUGACCACUUUGGGUACAUAAAACUCAUCGUGAUUUUUUGCUACGCAUUAAAGGUCGCUGGGAAUUUAGUUUACUCCAUUCCCGUCUCGUUAUACUGUCCUCUGAUUGGUCGAGCCUUGAGUGGGUUUUCCAUAGGGUCAACCGGUAUUCUUUACGGUCAGCUGGUGUUGUACACAUCCGACAGAUCACGUCCAAAAGCGUUUAUUUUUAUCAAUGGGAUGUAUUGCUUGGGUACCGUAUGCGGGCCGGCUCUGAGCAGUUUUUUAGUUUUUGAUGCCAAUAUAUUUGGCUGGAAGAUCGAUCCUGGUAAUUCGUCCGGUGUAAUCCUGGCAUUGGUUUGGUCGGUUUCUCUUAUCGUUUCGCUUUGGUUGCCCAACGAAUUUGGGACGAACAUUGAAUUGGAUAAAACUAUCAUUGCAAUGGAGGACGCCUCGAGUAGUAGUAGCUCGGAUGACAGCGAUUCGUAUUUCGUUCCGUCAAAACCGCCUCCAAAGCAUACGAUUUUCUGCGUGUUUUUUGUGAUAUUUCUAGGUCAAUUUUUCCCAACUAUUGUGACAUUCUAUACUCCACUUAUAGCGCAAGAACGCUUCCAUUUACAAUUCCUCGAUGUAAAACUCCUCUUUCUGGCGAGCUCUAUCCUAUCCCUCGUGCUGUUUCUCACUUUGUACAUUUCUACAGGCUGUUUCGACGAACUAAGGCAAGCCUGUUUAGCGUUCUUUAUGCAAAUCAUCGCGAUUGUUCUACUCCUCUACUUCGCAUUGUAUUGGAACGACGUAUAUUGGUACGACAGCUACCUGCUAAUCCCGUACAUCGCUUUUGGGCUGCAGAAUUUUAUAUUCGCAAUAGGCUGUUCGUUACUGGCCAGAAUCACGGACCCGAGCAUGGCUGGCUUUUACCAAGGCUCGUCUUUUUCGGUAGAUCAUUUAGGAUUUGUGUUUGGACGAAUUGUGUCCGGGUUUAUUUUUACGCGAAUUUCACUGUUAUUGUACUGUACAGGUCUUAGUCUCUUGUGGUUCUUAGGAACGGUUUGGUUUUCACUGGAAUACAACCGAAUAUUGAACUAGUCAUCUCGAGUCCUCUAGUCUGACUUGUGAUGCGUGUAUUCCGGAGUCCAAAUUCGCUUUCAAGCCAGGACACAACGUUCUUGUUGGAAAUUAAUUGGUCAAAUAAAAGAAGGGAAAAUGAAACUGAACCAAAAAUUAUAUCCAGUUAAGGGUUCAAUCUUAUGGUGGCCGUUUUCGAUGUAUAUUUUAUCGUGGUCUUCGUUGUAUCGUAUUUGGCAAUUUUCUAUAUUUUGGUAGAUAAUUAUUUGGAUAUUUUGGAGUCUGUAUAUAAAUGCUGACUUCUAUAUGGCCCUGCACGAAUUUCAGGUCCUAAAUAUAAAUAGGUUUUUAUUAUUAUUAUUAUUAUUUAUGCGAAUAUACCUCAAUCUGUUGUUAAUAAGGUAUUUCGUGUGCAAGAUUAAUUUUUUUCGUACUCCCAACAAAAUCCCCUCUAAUACUUUUUUUGUUUGUGGAAACACUACGUAAAUUUAAUACUGCAAAGUGUUUCCACAAACAAAAAGUAUUAUAUUUUUUAUCGUCAUGCAAUCCUACAAAGAACUUAAAAUCUCCUCUGCCCUGUAGGGUUGUUGAUACUUUGGGUAGCUAAUGUGACAGUAAAACCACGAAAUCUUUUCAUACACUCAAGAAACACUCCAGGUUAACCUUAGACAUAAGCCUACUUGGGUUAAGUGUGGCCCAAAUAUUAUUUUUUUGUAUGUGUAAUAUUUGGAUCAUUCGAAGAAAAAAUGUAAUAUAUCUUUGUAGUAAAAAAUCCUAUCUUGAUCAAGUUUUUCACCGUCACAAAGUUUCCGGAUAUGAUGUCAUUAGAUGAUUUGCAAAUUCGUUUUCCUUUGUUUUUUGCUCCAAAAAUUCAUCCAAUGACAUCGUAUCUGGAAACUUUGAGGGUGAAAAAGUUGAUCAAGAUGAGAUAUUUUACAAUAAAGAGAUAUUACAUUUCUUCUCAGAAUGACCCAAAUAUUGCACAUAGCAAAAAUUAUAUUUGGGGUUAGUCGCAGUUAAAUUUCCUGGGUUUUUAACCUUUUUCCUACAAUAGUCUAGUUAAUAUAUUUGACCAGGACGUUCUUGUGAAAUUAACCAGUCUAUAUUUGGUGCUUUAUCCACCUGACAUAGUCCAGGUGAUUUUAACAUGGGCGACCUGGUCAAUUAUAACCAGUUUCCUGGUUAUAUUAACCCAUGAGCCUAUCGAAGGGAAGAUGGAUAAUCGUUCCAUGUUUCGCGCACCAAUAUAGCUAGUAAACGUUAUGUAAUGGAUAUUAUAGCUGGUAUACUGAAAAGUUAACUGAUUACCUUCAUACACAUAUAUACACACCCUAACCCUAACCUUAAACCUACCCCUAACCUAACCCUAAUACCUAACCCUAACCUAUAUUGGAACGAUAACCGGAAGAGGGCUGUGAAACAUUAGAAUAGUCGACGUUUAUUCAUAAAUCUGGUCCUUCACCGUCACGUGCAGUGUAUUGUAUUUUUGCCAAAUUCACCAAUAGCAAUUUCCAAUUUCCCUAUAUUGUUCGAGUCACUAAUAGAUAACUUUCCUAAAACAUUGCUAUUGGUUAGUUAAAAAUAGAAUACACACGUGACGGUGAAGGACCAGAAUUAUGAAUAAACGUUGCCCAAACAUAGAUAAUGAGUUAUAUUGUUAUUCUAAUGAGUUUCACAGCCAUCUUCCCUUCGAUACCAGACUAUGGAGUCCCGUAGGAACUGAGAUAAAAUGACCAGGCAAUUUAACCAGAAGUAUUUAAAUUAACCCAAAUACUAUUAUUUUAAUUUUUAGGUAGUGGAGAUUUUAAUUAACCAUCGUUCAUUUUAUAUAAGAGUUAUUGACAAUAUUGUAUAUAUAGACUAUAGUGACUGAGUUAGAGUAUUGAAUUUUCCAUGAACGGUACAGUGCACAGUUUGACAAAAAGUGUGAAGUCAGUAAAGCACGAUUCAAAGACAAUUUAUCUGAACGCACAUGCAGUUAUGUCGCUGUCUGGUGGCAGCAUUGGGGACAUUAACUCCGAAACAUUAAACGGCAAUACCGAGUCAAAUAUGCGUAUACUUUUAUUUAUUCUUAGUCGAUAAUUUUUUCAAGUAAAAUCGCGGAUCUGUAACUGCC